AUGUCCUCACCACCACCCUACCACCAAACCGCGGGUCCCAACCCCCUAAAAAGACCCUCCAUAUCAUCCGUCUCCUCUCAACCCAUCGGCAAAAAAGCGCGCAUGCACCCGCUGCGUCAAACGUCUUUCCCAGUCAACCUCGACGCGGAGCGCAGCUUCGGCGCGACGAGCGACGCUGGCAGUGUGACAGGCAGUUUUACUGGAAGUCUCGGCGGAGCGAGUGCUGACGGGGUCUUUUCGGGCGCAGCGGCAAGGGGAAAGAAACGCGGGCGAAAGAGUAAAGCCGAGAAGGCGAGGGAAUUGGAGCGGGAGGAUGCGCUUAGUUCGCGCGCGGGGGAUACGCGGAUGGGGUCGGUUGAUGGUGAUGGGGCUUCGGUGAGAGGGGGUGGUGGCGGCGGAGGAGGUGCAGGUGGAGGUGGUGGUGCCCAGGCGGAUGAUGGGGAUGACGAUGAUGAUUAUGAUGAGGGGGAGCUUUUGGGGAGGGAUGAGGGGACGACGGAUACGGAGGCUGAGAAGAAGAAUCUUGCGAUUCUUGUCGAUGCUUUUAAUUCCGCGCAGUCUGAGCGGUAUGAUAUUUUCAAGCGGGCGAAGCUUAGGAAGGAGUCCCUCCGUCGUAUCGUCAAUCAUGCGCUCUCACAGUCUGUCCCGGCUAGCGUCGUGACUACAGUGAAUGGUUUUACGAAGGUUUUUGCUGGUGAAAUUGUUGAAAAGGCCCGGACGGUUCAGGAUCAAUGGGCCGAUGCCCAUGAUCUCGCUGCUCGUGAAGCCUUCGAGGCUCAGGAAGCUGCGGCUGAUAAAGCAGCGCAGGCCCGAGCUGAGCGAGCUGAAGCUGCUGCUGCUGCAGCUGCGGCGGCGGCGGCAGCAGCAGCAACACAGUCCCAGUCCAAGCCAGCGACGCCUACACCCUCAGGUACACCAGUUCCCGCUAGCGGAUCUCACAGUGAUGGCAUCAAGAAAGAGCCGUCCGACACAAAUCUCGCCGCAUCAUCUCCAGCUCCCGGACCUCAUGUCUCUCCCUCUCCUUCAAAAAGGCCCGCUCACUCCGCGGUUUCAAGUCCUGUUCCCCCGCGACAACGCCGCGAAUUCCGCCUCCCACCCAAUCCACACCGUGGCCAGCUCCUACCCUCGCACUUGCGUGAAGCGGUGCGGCGCAUUAAGCGUGAUGGUGAGGGCGGUGGUGUUGGGUACUCAGGGCUGAGUAUGGAGAAUCUCGGGGUUAGUGGUGCUUUUACCUGGAAUUCUGGCAGUGUUGGUGGUCGUCGACUAUUCCGUUGA